AUGAGUGAGAAAUUAACUAAGAAACAACAAAAGGCAUUACAGUUUAGGAAGAAGGUUAGUAAUGUUAAUGCUGACACUGAUAAAAAUACAAGUGCUAGUGUAACUGAUAACAAUCAGGUAGAAAAGUAUGGCAAUGACAAUAUUGACGAUGCAAGUAUCCAAACGAAAAAGAGAAGAAAGACUAGACGUGGUAAAGGUAAAAGUAAGAAAGCUGAUGGCAAUAGGUUUUUAGUGUUUGUUGGUGGAUUACCCAAUAAUGUUACACCAAAUGAAUUGCAAGCACAUUUUAAAAGUGCAUCACCAGAUCAUAUUAGAAUACGUAAUGAAAAACAUAUUGCAUUUCUGGAAUUUGAUGGUAACAAAGACCCUACUUCUAUACAAAGAAGAAUGGAUUUAGCAUUGUUACAAACUGGUACAAUUUUGCGUGAUGGUAAAAGGCUUAACGUUGAAUUAACAGUCGGUGGUGGUGGUAACAGUAAAGAGAGAUUAGAAAAAUUACGCAAAAAGAAUGAAAAAUUACAGAAGGAGACAAAAGAGAGGCUAGAUAGAAUGAAAGGGAAGGCUAAUGAUAAUGGGAGUACAACCAAUACAACUAACAGUACCAGUGCUGGUACAUCUACUGGUGAUAAAGAUAAUACUUCUUCAGCUAAUUUGACUGCCUCAAUCCAUCCAGAUAGAUUACGUUUAUUGAAGGAUUAG